AUGAAAGAACAUCAUGAUCAAAUCACUGAUGGUAACAAUAGAGAAAAGCAAAUCAAUACUGACGAAAUUCCAAUUGAAGAGAUUCACACGACUAACGAUUGGGAACAUGCUGAUCUAGGAGAUGAAUUACGCAAACAAAAAUUUCUUCGAUUAAUGGGUGCAAAAAAGCGUAAAGAUGAAAGCCGAACAAAUAACAAAGAUUCUUCUAACAUAACUCAUAAUGAAAUACAUUUAUCUGAAAAGAAACAUUGUCGUUCAAAAACAGAAAAUGAAGCAAUUAAUCUCGAAUUAGAAAAACAAUUUAAUGAAGGUUUACAAUCAAAAAUUUUACAUACACAUCAUGAAGGUCUUGGUUUUCAAGGUAGUGAUAUUAGUACUGCAUCAUGUUCAAAUGAUUUACAUCAUCAAAAAGCGAAAACGAAAUUCGUUCCAGCUACAACAACAGAAACUGGAUCAUCAUCAUUGAAAAAAACAAUAUCUAAAGAAUUACAAAUUGUGAAAAAUAAAUCGAAAUCAUAA